UUAGUUUGGGUGGGGAAGAGCUUUAGGAAGUAGCCAUGGCUCUGCAGCUGUAUGGAGAUCUGAGCUCCCAGCCCUGCCGCUCCGUCUACAUCUUCCUGAAGAAGAAUGCCAUUCCUUUUGAGUACAAGGAGGUGCAGUUGUUCAUGGGAGAACAGUAUGCUGCACAAUUCCAGAAAAUCAACCCCUUGGGGAAGGUGCCAGUUAUAAAGGAGGGGGACUUUGUGCUGACUGAGAGUGUGGCCAUCCUGAAGUACCUGGCUGGUAAAUACCGGACCCCCAACCACUGGUACCCCUCCGAUCUGAAGCUGAGAGCCCGUGUGGACGAGUACCUGGCCUGGCAGCACACCAAUCUGCGCCCACACGCUUCAAAAGUCUUCCUGCUCAAGGGUCUGGUGCCGGUCAUUGCUGGGAAGCUGGAGUCAGACACCGGGUCGACGGCAGCUGUGAACGAGCUGAGCCAGAGCCUGGGGAGGUUCCAGCAGAAGUUCCUGCAGGACAAGCCCUUCAUCGCCGGAGCUGAGAUCUCUCUGGCAGACCUGGUGGCCAUUGUGGAGCUGAUGCAGCCCCUGGGUGCCGGUUAUGACCCACUCGAUGGAAACUCCUCCCUCACCGCCUGGCGAGAGCGGGUGAUAUCCGCGGUUGGGCGAGGUCUGUUUGAUGAAGUCCACGAACCGGUCCUAAACACACAGCAGAGGUUGAAGUGGAUUGCAGAGAACCAGCCAGCUCUGUUAGAAGCCCUAAAAACGAUGCUCCUCAAAGAGGGGAAGUAAAGUGUGGACCCAGAACACUCUCAGCUCUCCUGGACCCUGAGCCUGCGGAGAAGGCACUGUCCCACACGCCUGGAGACACACGAGGGAAGUCAGAUGUUGGAGCAACACACGAGUCAGGCACCAUCCCUGGAUGGAAAUGAAGAGUUUUGGGCCAGUCCUCAUGAAGGGUCUCAGCCCGAAACAUUGACUGUUUUUCCAGCAUUUUGUGUGUUGUCCUACGCACACUGUACACGUACAAAAGCUGGAUGAGCUCAGCAGGUCGGGCAGCAUCCGUUGAAAUGAGCAGUCAACGUUUCGGGCCGAGACCCUUCGUCAGGGUUGACUGCUCCUUUCAACGGAUGCUGCCCGACCUGCACAGUUCAUCCAGCUUGUUUGUACACACCCGUCCCUGCGCGCCACCCUGUGAUGACAUUUCUAGCAGGAAUGGAUUCGGUGUUGCUCGUCACAAAAGUCUCCCUGUGUCACUUCUCCUAGCAACAAUGGAAUAAA